CCCCCCCCCCCCCCCUCCUAAAUCAGUGCCCUCCUGUACAACUCUUUCUUGUCUCCAUCCAGUUACUCCGCUAUGUCAUAGCCCUUGGUAUUGCUGUUCGUCAGCUCUUGAACGUCAACAGUUGAUUUAAGGGCGUGCAAGAGUUGGUCGGAAAUACCGUCGCAAAAGUUUCUGCCUACUUAAGACUUUUCAGUAGCAUAUUGAGCCAGCCGUCACGUCGAUGUUCACGUCGCGUCUAGUGUGGUUGCAGGCAAAGCAACAAAUAAACAAAACCAUUAUCCCUCGCUCCGGACGACCAUUUACGCACUGCCACUGCGGAGGAAUUAUGUAAUCUAUCAAGUUGCGACUCACUUGACGUAGUCCGUCGGUAGGCACAAUGCCAAUGCUGCCUGGACAUAUUCAUUGGUCAGGCGGAUGAUCCAGUGUCUCUGGUAACGGUACUGUCUAACCAAAUUAUCACAUCACGUAACAGCACUUGUGGAUGAAAUCGCCGCAAUUAAUGACUCAGGGGAGACGAAUCGAUCAACUGUCGCACCUGCCUAAAACAUCUGCUAUGAAUGCGGUGGCUGCCAAUUUCACCACAUUUAUUGUUGUUUAGCUGCGGCCUUCGUGCGUCAGAUAUCUUUAUUUGUUGCUGUCUUUGAUUAUGGCGUCGAGAUUGAGUCCGAAACGUCAGGCGAAUUUUCCUUGUUCCAAUGGUCGAAUCCCUUUCUCAAUUACUUCUUCGUACCCACCUUUUGGCCUAUGCGUGUAGUCGUAGUUCCUGUGGUCACCCAGAUCAUAAUCCACGUCCUCAUAAUCGACAAAAUUAUCGGUCCUAUUGUGGGAGGUGUCUGGAGACCUGCGCCUGCAGGUUAUUUGUUCUCUACAUCUGCCGGCGUCACUUCUAUUGCUGUUCACAAAACCACUGACUGCAUCCUCCUCUUCUCUUUAGAUCUGUGAUGCGUACAAAGCAAUUGGCUUCAUCGGACAGUUUCUUAUCACCGACGAUCGUUCCAUGCUUUCGCUUGAUGUCAUGGUAAGUAGGACAUGUAAUGGCCCCACUCACCUCCUCCCCCUCCUCAAUCAGUGCCCUCCUAUACAACUCUUUUUCGUCUUCAUCCAGUUCCUCCGCUAUGUCAUAGCCCUUGGCAUUGCUGUUCGUCAGUUCUUAAACGUCAACAGUUAAUCCAACGUCGUGCAAGGGUUAGCGGAAAAUACAAUCGCAAGAGUUUCUGCCUACUUACGACUUUUCAGUAGCAGAUUAAGCCAGCCGUCACGUCGAUUGAGCAAAAACAAGGAGAAAAGUAUACGAUUUUCUUGUGCUAUCCGCAAGGAUAGAAACAAACAUCCUCUCCUCCGCUAUAUGAUAGUCCCCCGAUGCUGUUGUUGUUUAGCUCGCAGGUUUCCGAAUUGAAACUAACGUUGUUUCACCUUUCUCCUCUCUCCCACUCCGCGCAUCUGCAGAACCUCCAGCGCAACUUCCCUGACGUCCGCACUGAGCAGGUGUACUCCAUUUUGAUGCUGCGUGGCGACAUGAAGACAAAUGAAGCCAAGGAGGUGGGUGCCACCCGCAUCCCAAUCCCUGUCUAUUAUUUAUUCUCCCUCCUUACUAGCUUCUGCCUGAUAUAA